AGAGGCCUGGCUCCCCGAACCGGAACUCCGUGCGCCGACUACAGGGCGGCACACGAGGACUUGGUGCGCGCGGGGUGAGGGUGAGACUUCGCAGUAGGAGAUUCUGAGCAGUUAUCUCUCGGAAGUCCCAUCCGGCCUGCGACCUAGGACUGUGCCUCCUAAGCGUCCGCCGCUCCCUGGUGCGCCAGAUGUGGCUCCGGGAAGCUUCCAAGUGUCCUUACGGAGACAGAAGGGUUUGAUUCGGGGUUUUUUGAGGACACCCGUCCUCGUAAUUUCCGAGAGGACCGAAAGACUCGCAGAGGGGGACGCUGACCAGCGUUAUUAGGCUGCUGGACGAAUCCGAGUGUGGGCGCUGGAAAAGCCCCUCGGUCUCCUUUAACGCGAGCUGGGACUUUACCAACGCUCCUCCUCCCCGGGCUGUUUAGAAAACGCGGAUUAGCAGAUUUCCUCAGAGCCGGAGGGGAGGGGCGCGCGUCAGUCUUGCGCAUGCUCAGUGCCACCCGCUCUUGGCUAGCGCGGCCUGGGACGGGGCAGCGGGUUCGCGUGUUGCGGGGCUCUCAUGGAGGCUCCCGGGACGCCAGGCGGCGGGGUCUUGAAAGAUGUAGUGGCCUAUGUGGAAGUCUGGUCAGUAAACGGAACAGAAAAUUAUUCAAAGACGUUUACAAACCAACUUGUGGACAUGGGAGCAAAGGUUUCAAAAACUUUUAACAAACAAGUAACUCAUGUGGUGUUCAAAGAUGGAUACCAGAGCACUUGGGACAAAGCGCAGAAGAGAGGGGUGAAGCUUGUCUCGGUGCUCUGGGUCGAAAAAUGCAGGACAGCUGGAGUACAUAUUGAUGAAUCACUCUUCCCUGCAGCUAACACCAGGGAACACUUACCAAGCCUAAUUAAAAAAAAACGUAAGUGUAUGCAGCCCAAAGAUUUUAUUCCUAAAACGCCAGAACAUGAUAAAAGACUUCAGAAGAAAUUUCAGAAAAUGGCUACAGAGCUCCAGAGGCAAAAAACAACUCUGGAUAAUGAUGUCCCUGUUCUCUUAUUUGAAUCUAAUGGCUCAUUGGUGUACAGUCCCACAAUUAAAAUGUGCAGCGGCCAGCACAACACCAUGCAGAAGAGGUUACAGCAGAUGAAGGAGAAAAGGGAGAACCUGUCACCUACCUCUUCCCAGCUGCUUGAGAAGUCUCACGAUGACCCAUUUAAGUCCCCGUGUGAAGCUUGGAACAUUUCACGUGAUACUUUGUGUUCAGAUGAAUCCUUUGCUGGUGCUCUGGACUCAUCUUUUGACAAUCUUUCUGGAAACUCAGGGUGUGGAAGUCAGGAGAGGAGAGUGGGAGAAGUCGCUGAUGAAAGUAGAAGUGGUGUGUGUGUUUCUUCACCUGCACUGAAGACCGGUAGUGUUCAUUCGUCGGCACCUGCUGGUCCUUCAGCUUCCCUAAAGACCGGUAGUGUUCAUUCAUCGGCACCUGCUGGUCCUUCAGCUUCCCUGAAGACCGGUAGUGUUCAUUCGUUGGCACCUGCUGGUCACCUCAGCCAGUUAACUCCUCAGAAUCCCUCGGGCCGUCUUUCAGAACAAGAAGUAAGUCAGCAGAGGGAUCCUGCGGGGGAAGCGGUCACCCCCGACACGUGGUCCGGGGGAGCACCCAGGGAGGUGUUUGGCAUGAAACACGGUCUGCCCCCUACAUUAUCUGCAACAGAACGCCACCCUUGGGGACAUUCACGAUCUGAGAGCUCCUCGGCAAAGAGAAGAAGAAAGUCUGAGAUUUCAGAUUCGUCCCCGACAGGAAGACUAAAGAAGAGAUGCCGUGGGAAACCCGGCGUGUCACAGGAGUGGCUCCUCGCGUCGGGGGACCGCCUGCACUUCGGGCCCGGGGCUGCCACCCAGGCUCCUGGCUGCGGCGUGUCCUCGUACGACGAUUACUUUUCACCUGACAACCUCAAGGAGAGGAGCUCGGACGGUCUUCUCCCCGGGUGUCAGUCGUCAGCGGGCCCUGCUCUCUUCAUCUGCAGAGGCCUCUCUCGGGGGGAGAGAAGGAACAUACUGCAGACGUCUGACUUCUCCUGCAUUGGGAAGAAUCCCAGCCCAGCCCCCACGAGCGAUUUAACGGCACAAAGUCGCCACAGUCUUGAGAAACCCGCACGGGACAAAGCAAACGCAGCGUGGGCUUGCCUGGCCGCUGAGGAAACCGCAGGGAGUCGUCCGCAGGCUGGUGCUCAGAGAGGGAAGGGCACGCGCCCAGAUGGCACAGACUCUCCGGUCCACGACGCACUGCCUGCUGCGGACGGGCUGGGCGGGAAAGGACCUGACGGGGACUCACGUCCCCUGGAAGGGGGCAGCGCGGAAGCCAGAGAGCUGAUGGGCGCGGGGAGCGUGCAGAAAGAAGACCGCCCUCGGACGAAGCGGGAGUCCUGCGGUGGGACGCAGCCUGAUGACCGGCUGGGUUUUGCAGGCGACUGCACCGCGGACACCUCCGCCCAACAGAGGGAAGAUGUGUCCAGAGGAUGCAGUGAAAGUGUUAAAAACGGACCAGCAAGGCCUGAUGUGUUAGAUGGCUCAUUGGAGGGCUGUCAGGAUCUCGCCAGACCUCAUGAGAAAUCAAAGAAAAGAGGGAGAGGCCAAAAGCCAACAAGAACAUUAGUCAUGACAAGCAUGCCAUCUGAAACACAGAACAUCGUCAUCCAGGUUGUGAACACAUUGAAGGGCUUUUCACUUGCCCAGGAAGUGUGUGAAACUACUACCCAUGUGCUCGCCGGCAAGCCUCUGCGCACUCUGAAUGUGCUGCUGGGAAUUGCCCGUGGCUGCUGGGUUCUCUCUUAUGAGUGGGUACUGUGGUCUUUGGAGCUGGGUCAUUGGAUUUCCGAGGAACCGUUUGAACUUUCUAACUACUUCCCCGCAGCUCCUGAGAGAAGAAAUUCCUCUCAGCAAGACUCUGUUUGAAAUACCGUGUAAGGAACUGAAGUGUAAAGACACAAAUCCCCCCUACUCUUUGUCAUAAGAGAGUAUAUGUAACUCUGAACAACAGAGUGAGGCUUGUCUUUGAAAUGCAUUUUACCUGCCUGCAUGGGCACGUGAUAUAAAUUAAGUACGUGGUUGCCAAUUUUUCCUGUAAUGUCAUUCCCCACCUCAGUGUCUGCCAUGUGGUCCUUGAGAUAAUCACAGAAACUUAGGGUUUCUUUUGAAGUGGAGCUGUCAUCCUAUUAACAGAUAUUUUUUUUAACUUGAUACAAAGCUAUGAUACCUCUGUUGAACUUAUAAAGCCUACUUAAAUGUAAUAAGACAAACUGUUCAAAGAUGGGGAGGUUCUUCACUCAGUGUAUGUGUGGGAAAUAGUGUAAAGUGUGUAAAGUACAGUGAGACAGUGGAAAAUGUGACAUGCUGGACUCUUCUGGAGUCCAUAAAUUGACUCAAAACAUGUAGCAUGUGUUUUAAAAUGUAGUUGGGGUGGGGGCAUAUGGGGUAAAAUAAAUUACAUAAGAAAAAUGGAAUAAAGGAAAAAACAGAAUGGUGGAACAGUGUAUGGUGAAGAAAGACAUGAGGUAAAUGCUGGUUUCGAAUUUGGCUCUAAGCUUCCUAGCAGCAGCUGACUCCGAGGCAAAUAUGUGAGAAGUUGCUUCCAAAUUAUAAAGCAUUCCACGAUGUACAUUAGUGUUAAUUGGACUAUGAAAACUUCAAACGGAGUUAAAACUUGAGGGGUUUAAAGUUUUGCAGCCCUUAAAUCCGUGCUCUCAAAAUUUUCUGUAAAGAUCUGAAUCUACUCUAAAUGUCAGAUUUUUGUUUUGCACUCCAAAACAGUUACUUUUUUUUAAGUUUGCUGGUCGACAUUAAAAAAAAAAUGUUACUAAUGCAAAUUAUUUUUACUAAUAAAAUGUUACUAGUGCAAAUAUCUUUAGGGGUGAAACUAGCUUGAAAAGUAUAGCCUCAUAAGUGCUUUAAAUAGAAAGGUUUUCUCAACCACACACUAAAUUGUAGCCUACCUCUCUAAAAUACGUCUGACUGGAAGAGAAAAAAAAAAAGACUUCUGUAAUAGAGUAGCGAGGAAAGUAUAGUAAAAUCUGUCAGGGAAUUAAAUGCAUAAUCUUCAUCAUUAAAAAAAUCAAAUUUUUCCUUGUUGCGAGGCACAGUCAGUUUCAGAAUCAAAUUACAAAGUUGAAAAUAUUAUCAUAAAUGUUCAAUGUAGUUAUCUAAUAAGUUAUAUUUAAUUACUAAAAAUACCUUCAUAUUUAACAGCCAGAAAAAAAAAAAGUACAAUCUUCAUAUAAACUGAAAGGACACACAUUUCUAUUAAUUU